AGGUCCCUUUGCUGACCAAUACCCAUGUGAGGCACCAAUAGCACUGGGUGGGAUCCUCUGCUUGUUCCUCUCCGCCCCAUCCAGACCCUUGCUUUGCUUCGCUCCUUCCUCCCUUGCUCUGCUGGUCCCCCAAUACCCUUUUAGCUGCCACACAGGCAGCUCCAAAUUUCCCUUUAAACUUUCUUUUUUUUUCCCCUAUAAGUAUUUAUUUGAUUUUAUUUACCACUUUCUUCUGUUUUUCCUCGUCACAACGGAAGACUGGAGGAUGAAACAUCAACACGUGGAAAUGGAAUAAUUUACUAUGAGGGACAUGGAUUUUAUUUUUUUUAAAUUAAUAAGUCAUCUUGGAUUGGAUAUACUGAAGUUAUCCCCAGGCGGUUCUAAAUGAGGAGGCUUGGUUUAUAUCUCUGAGAUAGUCUCCACGUCACCAUGGCUGAAGGAGCCAAAUCCCCCUCGGCGAGUGCAGCCGGGGGCUCCAGCAGAGCAGCACAGACAAGCUCUCUCAAAUCAAAAGCUUUGGAGGUCGUCAGAAAGGUGAAAGUGUCUGUGGAGCUGCUGAUCGCCCUGGCUGCUCUCCUGUCCUGGGUGGUAGUAGGUGUGGUGAUGUUUGACUUUGUCGAAUACAAAGCAGUACCAGAUGUACGCCAAAUCAUUACGGACCCAGUUCAAGCUGUAAACGAUGCUGCAGACGAGGUGUCCAGUCUGCUAAAUAAGUUCCAAGAAUGUGCUCCUGAUUUAAGUAGCCCCUCGUCUGCUGCGUCUUACGCUGCUGAAGAGGUUAUAGAAGCAAAAGAUGCAUUUGUUCGAUACUUUUCAGAUGAAGAAGGAACCUUUUAUCCAAGCUACAUCGAUCCCGUGGUCAUUGGAAGAAGAGCUUUCCACUCAACCAAUGACUUUGUGUAUGGAGUGGUUGGCUCCUUCAGGGAUUCACUGUGUGCUACUGUGGAUACUGUAACGGAUGCAGUUUUGGAUACAAGAAAAGGAAAACUUGAUCUCAGCUACAUUGACCCUGUGAUAAUUGGCAGAGGGUUCUUCAGUGUUAUUAAUAACUUUGUUUCCGAAGUGGGGGCCUUCAUUCAGAAUUUGCUCUGCCUCCUAGUGGACUCCACAUUGGAUGUAGUGAAAGGAACCACUGACAUUAGCUUCAUCGAUCCUGUGGUAUUUGGCAGGACAUUUUUCAAUGUUAUAAAUGACACUGUUGGUGGAAUAACGGGCUACGUCCAGGACAUACUGUGUGCCAUCUUAGACACCAUAUUGGAUGUAUCUAAAGGAACAAUAGACAUCAGCUACGCCGACCCCGUGGUCCUGGGCAGGAAAUUCUUCAAUACCAUUAAUGAUGCUGUGAAUGGAAUAGUGGGCUGCAUUCAGGACAUACUUUGUGCUUUAUUAGACAUCAUAUUAGACAUCUCUAAGGGAACCAUUGACAUCAGCUUUAUUGACCCUGUGGUGAUCGGCAGAAAUAUCUUCCCUAUUCUUGAUGAAUUUGUGAAUAACAUCACAGGACACGUCCAGAAUGUGCUUUGUGUGAUCUUGGAUGUGGUACUGGACACAGUGAAAGACCUCCAAGAGGCUGUGGGAUUCAGGCCCUUAUCAGCUCUUCAGACAACAGCAGAAAUCAUUAAAGAACAUAUCAACAUUGUUAUGAGCUACCUCUCUACAACGCUGAUAGGUGAACAAGCGAUCAUUCCGGAAGUUUCCGUUGACCCGAUGAAAGUUGUUGAGGAUGCGGUACUGGAAUUUACCGACAAGAAGGAUUUGUUCUUGGGCUACAUGUCAAGUAUGCUUGGUGGUGAUCAAGGUGAACCUGUCAGUCCUCCGGCUGUAAAUGUUGUCACUGAAAAAGAUGAAGCUGUUGUUUCUCCAUCUGAUAUCACUCUGGUGAGAAAGAAAGGGGAGUUUCUACCUCCACCUGAAAAAGUUGCAGAGAUGAUGCGUGCCGCCGAAGAUGAAGCUGCCUCUGCUGCAGAGGAGGCUGAGGCUGAAGAGGCCGCUGGAGCUGCCGAUGAAGCAGGAGUGACCAAAGCAGAGGAAGAUGAGGUGAAACAAACCGAAGACAUCCAACUUGAGACUUUGCUGAAAGAGCAAAUCAUAGAUGUUGGAAUUGAGGAGGAAACAACGGUAGAGGAAGAAAAGACGGCGGAUGAGGUUAAACCAAAGGAAGAUCCAGAACAACUGGCACAUGAGGAAAAACCUGAGGUGGAAGACAAGACUUUAAAAACAGGACCAGAACAAGAGGAGGGAGAAGUUAAAAUAGAAGACAUCUUGCUAGAAGAAGAAGAAGAGGAGACGCCAACAACAGAGGGAGAGUUAGAAGAACAGGAGGAGGAGGAAAAAACAAAAAUUGAAGCAACAGUAGAAGAUAAAGGCGAGGAAGGAGAGGAGGAACCUGAAACUUUUGAGGUUUUGGUAGAGAGAAAGGAAGAGACUGAGGAGAAGGAAGAAUUAGGAGAAAUAAAAACUGAAGGCAGGGAACAAGAUCAGGAGGAAAAGGAGGACUCCACAGCUGAAGAGAAACUGAUUGACAGUGAGGGGGAAGACGACAAAGCACAGUAUGAAGCUGGUGAUGAAGAUUUGGAAAAACAGUCAUUAGCUCGACAACCAGAACUUCUGCUUUCCAAAACUCCUGUUAAUGACUCUGGUGUAUCCGAGUCAGGCGAACAGGAAGAGGAAAAAGUAGGAACAUCUCCUGAUUACAAAAACGAAGAUUAUGCAGAACUAAAGCAUGACCACGAUGAAAAUAAUAACAGCGAGAGCAAAAAGGCAAAACCUGAAGAAAAGAGGAAGACUCAUGUUCCCUUUGAGAGGAUGAAGAAAGCUGACUACAAAGUAUCACCAAAAGAACCCGCUGGCCAAUAUGAGACAGAACACAAGGAAAAAGAAAGGGAAACUACUACUACCGCAGAAGACAAGCAAAUUCUGAAAGAACAAAUACAAGUACAAAUACAUACAGAAGAAAAGAAAUCUCACACAGAAGAAAUAAAGGUCAAGACAACGCCAAAAGAAGAAAUAAAAGCAGAGAAGCCUCCCAAAGAGGAAACAAAAGUCGAAAAGCCUCCAAAGGAAAAGGUAAAGGCAGAGAAGCCUCCCAAAGAAGAAACAAAAGUCGAGAAACGUCCCAAAGAAAAAAUUGAAAUUGAAAAACCUCCAAAGGAAAAAUCAGAAGUCGGGAAACCUCAAAAAGAAAAACUAAAAGUCGAUAAGCCUCCAAAGGAAAAAGUAAAGGAGGAGAAGCCUCCCAAAGAAAAGAUAAAAGUAGAGAAGCCACCAAAAGAAAAACCAAAAGUCAAGAAACCUCCAAAGGAAAAAGUAAAGGAGGAGAAACCUCCUAAAGAAAAGGUAAAAGUUGAGAAACCUCCUAAAGAAGAAAGAAAAGUCAGGAAACCUCCAAAAGAAAAACUAAAAGUGGAAAAGCCUCCAAAAGAAAAGUCAAAAGUCGAGAAACCUCCUAAAGAAGAAACAAAAGCUGAGAAACCUUUGAAAGAAAAAAUAAAAGUCGAAAAGCCUCACAAAGAAAAGGCAAAAGUUGAGAAACCUCCAAAAGAGGAAACAAAAGUUGAGAAACUUCCCAAAGACAAAAUUGAAGUCGAGAAACCUCCAAAGGAAAAAUCAGAAGUCGGGAAACCUGAAAAAGAAAAACUAAAAGUUGAUAAGCCUCCAAAGGAAAAAGUAAAGAAGGAGAAGCCUCCCAAACAGAAGGUAAAAGUCGAGAAACCUCCGAAAGAAGAAACAAAGGUUGAGAAACCUCCAGAGGAAAAAGUAAAAGUUGAGAAACCCCCAAAAGAAAAACUAAAAGUCGAGAAACCUCUAAGAGAAAGAGUAAAGGCGGAGAAGGCUCUCAAAGAAAAAGUAAAAGUUGAGAAACCUCCCAAAGAAAAAGUAAAAGUGGAGGAGCCUCCCAAAACAGAAACAAAAGUUGAGAAACCUCCAGAGGAAAAAGUAAAAGUUGAGAAACCUCCUAAAGAAGAAACAAAAGUUGAGAAACUUCCAGAGGAAAAAGUAAAAGUUGAGAAACCUCCAAAAGAAAAACUAAAAGUCGAGAAACCUCUCGUAGAAGAAACAAAAGUUGAGAAACUUCGGAAAGAGGGAAUAAAAGUCGAGAAACCUCUAAGAGAAAGAGUAAAGGCAGAGAAGGCUCUCAAAGAAAAAGUAAAAGUGGAGGAGCCUCCCAAAAAACAAACAAAAGUCGAGAAACCUCUUGAGGAAAAAGUAAAAGUCGAGAAAGCUCCCAAAGAAGAAACAAAAGUUGAGAAAACUCCUAAAGAAAUACUAAAAGUUGAGAAACCUCCAGAGGAAAAAGUAAAAGUCGAGAGAACUCCUAAAAAAGAAACAAAAGUCGAGAAAGCUCCAAAAGAAAAGGAAAAAGUCGAGAAACCUCCUAAGGAAAAAGUAAAAGUUGAGAAACCUCGAAAAGAAAAAGUAAAAGUUGAGAAACCUCCCAAAGAAGAAACAAAAGUUGAGAAAGCUCCCAAAGAAAAAACAAAAGUCGAA